UUAAGAAAAAAACGAAAAAAUGCCCAAUUCAGCUAGGAAUCAUGAUGAAAACAGGAAAGUUGUUUGCCUCCUGUGUCUCAAAAAGGCAAACAGACAGUUCACAACGUUUUUGCAUGAAAAAAUUCAACAAGUCUACAGACAACAAAUCAAUUUUGAAGAUGUAAGAGUAACGCAAGGGCUGUGUGAAACUUGUAGAACUGCUCUGAGGAAACGUUAUGAAGGACAUCCUGGUGAAUUACCAGCUCUUUUUGACUUUGAAACUAUCAUUGUCAAACCACUCGCAAGAGGAAAUCCUUGUGAAUGCUUGAUUUGUCGCAUUGGCCGGUUGAAAUUGACUAAAAAGCACCCUCUUGACACUGACACGAAAGAAGAAAAGAUUUCUGACAAAAGGUGCUCAAAAUGUCUGUCACUAAUUGGUAGGGAUUGCCACAUCAAUGCUCUGUAUCACAGUUUAGAGAGAAUAUAAGAUCUCUGGCAGCCAAUGAUGGUAAAGUUGUGGAACAGAUUGCAUCUUCAUCAAUCACAAGCAAGGAUGCAUCUCCACAUGAAAAAGUUCGACUUUCACAAACCAAGGGUGGGAGAGCAUUGCCUAUAACUCCAGGACCAUCAAGUGCAAAACAGCUAUUCAAGGAUCACCCAGUUGUAACAGCGCAAGAUCUUGCUCAGGUUCAAAUAAACACAGGGUUGUCCAAUAAUGGCAUCAGAAAGCUUGCAACAACAAUCAACAAUGUAAGCAAAACCAACGUCUUGGAGCCAUACAUUGUUAAAAAAUUUCAAAACCUUGGGAAAAAUCUUGAAGCGAGCUUUACUCAGACCACAGCGGCAUUUACAAACGCGGACAAAACAACUUCAAAUUACAUUGUUGCACAUUGCAAGAGUCUCAAUAGUCUUAUUGAAGAUUUACUUUUGACACGGAAUUUUUUUUUCAAACCACGUCAUUAAAUUGGGGAUCGACGGCAGUGGAGGAUUCUUAAAAGUCUGUCUCGGAGUUUGCAUCAAAGUUCAUUUCACAUGCAUCACAAGCAUCAAAGGAUACAGGAGUGAAAAAACAACUUCUUGUGGCUGUGGCUGAAGGAGUUCAAGAAAAUUACAACAAUGUGAAAGUCAUUCUUUCCCUUCUCGACAUUCAAAAGGUCAAUUUUAUUAUCUCUUGUGACAUGAAAAUGGCUAACAUGCUGUGUGGUCUGCAGGCUCAUUCAUCCUCUCAUUCAUGUGCAUGGUGCACAGCGGAAAGUUUUAAUCUUGCGAAUUGUGGUACUCCAAGAACUUUUGGCUCUCUGAAGCAGUCAUUCCAUGCGUUCUCUGCAGCAGGUUCAAAUACCAAAAAUGCAAAGAAAUUUGGAAACGUCGUUCAUGAGCCUGUUCUUUCACUCGAAGAAUCUGCAUUGGUAAUUGAUCUAAUAUCUCCAAUGGAGUUGCAUCUACUUCUUGGAGUGGUCAAUCAUCUUUUUAAGAUUCUGAAAGAUUCAUGCCCAAAGGCAGAUGAAUGGCUUCAAGCAUUGCAUAUACAACAUCAACCCUUUCAUGGUGGACAAUUUGAAGGAAAUUCCUGCAAUAAGUUGCUGAAGAACUUGGAUCUUUUGCAAACAUUGGCUGAAAAAGACAAUGCUUUUCAAGUUUUUCCCAUCAUUGAAACUUUUCGAAAAUUUGCAAAUGUUGUAUCAUCCUGUUUUGGCAACAAGUUGCACAGUCAGUUUGAAGAAAAAAUUGAUGAGUUUCGAGCUUCUUUCCUUGCAUUGCCAAUUGGAACUGUCACAACAAAAACACAUGCUGUGUUUUUCCAUAUAAAGGAAUUUAUCCUGAGGAAAAAGAUGCCACUUGGUAUUUAUAGCAAACAAACAACAGAAGCAAUGCACCAUUGCUUUAGUACAAAUUGGGCAAGGUACAAACGCCCAAUCAGUCAUCCAGAAUAUGGAAAAAGGCUUGUGAUGUGCCUUGUUGAUUUUAACAGCAAAAAUCUUUAAAGAAAACACUGAGCACAAAAUAAAUAGAAUUGGAGAUUUAUGAAUAAAUUAUGUUGACCUUACAUUAGAAAUCUUUAUGUGAGAACAGAAUGUACCUUUUUAUCCCUUUAGAAUAAUGUUUUUUUAUUUAUUGUAUGUAUUUUUGUUUAAAGAAUGCUGUAAAAAUGCAAAAAAUAGAAAUGCUGUCGUUUUACAUAUAUGUGUAAUAAAGGAAAAUUUCAAAAUUGAUUUUCUUUCACGGACGUAGGCAGAUGAUUUUAAUUUUUACAUUUUUGGAAUCCCAUGGUCAUAAGCUUUCACAGAAAUGUUGCGGUUUUCUAGGGUGCGGACUGGACAGUUAUCUCCUAUUUUUGCUAAGAGUGUUCCUCCCCCUAUAAUAUACCUCCCCCCUUCUUCAUAUGCACUUGUACACAAGUUACUCAACUUGGUACACACACACCCUCCCCCUCAGUGCGUACGUAAUAUAUGGAUGGCCCCUAAAAAGAAAAAUUUAAAUGAUGCAAACAACUUUUGCUGAAAAGGUAGCUUCUGUCAGUGUGUUAGAAUUUUAUUGACUAUUCAAAUUAGAAUGAAAGAAAAAAAUGUCAACGCUCAGUAAUCCUUGUGAAAAAAUUUAAAUUUUACCAUUCCAACUAAGAAAUACCACAAAGAAAUGUGACAAAGAAAUUGCCAGAACAUGUUAAAGAAAAAAAUUUUAAAUUUCAUGAGCAUGAGGUAUUUAGCAGAACAGGGAAAAAAGAUUUGUGUGCAUUGGUGCUAGAAAAGUGCAUAUGAAAACUAUUCUUGGUUAUAUAACAGAACUUUUUGCAGAGUAGAAGAAAAAAAAAAUGGAAUUAAAGUUGGAUUUUCUAAAUUCUGUGAGUUAGUCCAAAAUGACGUUAUACUGUUGGUUAUUCAGGCAUCCAUUGUAUUUAUGAUAAACUAUUCACAAGAACUAAAAUUAAUGUUUGCAAGUAGCUGCAGUUACGGUUGACUAUAAAUGUCUGAUGAGUUAGUCCGAAAUGAUGUUAUACUGUUGGUUCUUCAGGCAUCCAUUGUAUUUGUGUAAACUAUUUACAAGAACUAAAGUUAAUGUUUGCAAGUAACCCCAGUUACGGUUGACUAUAAAUGUCUGAUUGAAAAAGUAGUUUACAAUAUUAAAUCUAGAAAAUGUAUGUUUUAUUAUUGUGAUAAAUGUCCAGGGACUAAAAUGGUAAGACUUAUCUGAUGAAACUAUAACUUUUGGAUGAUUGAUAAACACAGAUCAUAAAACUCUGGAAUCUAUGCAAUUAUCAUCAGAAGUCUAUUUAUUCAAUAAUUAAUUAGUUUCCU